AUGUCAACGGGUCUCCAAAUUCACAAACCAUCCCACUUCGAGGUGAAUAAUAUCGCCUACAAGGAUUCAAUUGAAUACUCAUUGGUCACACAAUCUGGUGCUAAGUUCUACGAUAAUACAACAUGUUUCGGCAAACUUUUGAGUCAUAAAAUGACGAGUUUGGAAGAAAUCGAACAGGAAACACUUUACUAUGCAUUUCGAAUUCAAGAUGCAGUUUGUCAUAUUAUUUGUAAUGAUCAUGAAAAAAGAGAUGUUUUUUAUAUUUCGGAAGAAGAUUUCAAAAAAUCUUCUGAAUCAAUAUAUCAAAUACGUGGAAGGUAAGUGUAAAAUUCGGGGUCACUUUAAAAAUUCAAAUUUUUCCAGAGAUGAGAGAAGAUACGAUUCGAACUGAUAAAACUAUUUUUAAGAAUGUACACAUUGGAUGGGAAAAUGUUUGGCUGAUGAUUAAUGAACAAUACACAGAGUUUCGAGGCAAUUCACAAGUUGAAGAGAUUCUUCAAGAUUUGAAGAGAGCUUACAAAAAAUACGAAGAAAAGAUUCACAAGAUUGGACUUCAUGUUAAACAUCUCAAUAUGAUGAUUGGAUUAUGUCAUAGAUCUCAUUCGAUUUAUCAUAUGUCAUUCAGUAAUACAAAAAAUAUCGAAAGACUUCGAACUGCAACUGGAAAUUCAAAGAAAACUGUGUUGAGAAUAAUGAGUGAUUCGAAAAUUGAUGAUCAAAAACAAUUCUCUCAUUUAUUUUUGGCUGAAGUUAUGGAUUCGAUUAAAUGUAUUUUGAGAUCGGAGAAAAGAAUGUCUCAAAUGAAACAAAAAUUGGAUAAAUACGAGAAGAAAUUGAGAAAGGACAAUCGAAGUAUUUUGAGUGUUCAAGAAUUCGAUAAUUUCAUCCCGGAAUUAUCAAUCGAUAAAAAACAAUUUGUAUUGGUACCAGAUACUGGUUACACCGAACAAAUGUUAAAAUCUCCAAUGAAAAUGAGUUAUCAUAGUUUGUCAGUGAAAGAUUCAAAUGGUGAACCGGUUUAUUCGAAGAUCCAGGCACAACUCAAAAUAUUCCAAAAAUUGACAUGUGAUGUUUAUUGGAUGAAUACAAAAGAUUCUGCGAUUGCCAAAGAAAAACAAGUGAUUAUUGAUGCAAUGAAAGGAGUUCGAAAUGAAUAUGUCACUGUGAAAUCAAUUGAAGCACUCAUCAAUACAAUUCUUCAACGGAAUUUCUAUAAAACUUUGAAAUCGGUAGGAUUUCUUAAGUGUGUUCUAUUCAGAAAUUCUAAUUUUGUUUCAGGGAACAACUAGAACAGCUUUGACUUAUUGCCACAAUCUUCCAUUUAAUUUUGAAAUGACACUCACAGAAUUGGCGUCUUUAUUUGUCACUGUUUUCAAUGAUCAUAAUUCUCAUCAAAAGUUUGUGCGCGAAUUUAUUGAAUAUAUGGGAUUUGAUGAUAUUUAUAAUGUUGAAGAAUUUGAACUCUGGAGAAUUCGAUAUGGUGCAAUGCAUUUUGCGAUUGAUUCAUUCUUGGUAAAUGAAAAUGAAUUGAAGGAGAAUAUUUAUAAAGCAUGGACUGUUCAAUUGGCACAUAUUAAACUCGGAAAUUUGGAUGAUUUUAAAAAUUGGAUGGAUAGAAAAGAUCAACACAGAUAUUUUGACAUUGGAGAAAUCUCGAAAUAUGUGGAAAUUGUUAGAAGAUCUGAAAUCGGAAAUAAGAGUUUCACUUUUAGAAGUAAGCCAUUUUGAAAUAUCAUUUCUCUUUCAAAAUAUUACAUUGCAGAUCUGAUCGAAAAACAUAUUUGGAUCCAAGACAGUACAAAAAGACCUGCCGAAAGUUCAAAAGGUUUCAAACUGGAAAAGCAAAUCAAAGUUGAAGAUAAAAAGCCGCAAGUUGUUCCAAGUGAAACAAAACAAGAAAUUGAGCAAGUUAUCGUGCCAUCUCAAAAACUGAAAGAAAUCAUAGUCAGUGUUCCAACAGAAGACAAAGAAAAUAAAGAUGUUAUUAUAAAGAAUUUGUUCGAUUUAUAUGAUAUUGCUCAAAAAGAAUUGGAAGAGGAGAAACGUAAAAAUGAAGAAAUUGUCAAAAAUUUGAAAGUUGCACAUCAGAAAGAUCGAAAAUCGGCGAAAGAAAUUGAAGAAUUGAAAAAAGAGAUUGAGAAAUUGAAAUUGGAAUCGAAAGAGUUGGAGAAGUAAGUUGAUAAAUUUAUGGGAAACUUGGUGAAAAUAUUAAAUUCAAUAUGCUGAAAAACUUCACAAUGACGAUUUUUGUAUUUUCGAUGCCAAAAAUAUUACCGAAGCUGAAAACUUAAUCGUGGGAAUUAGCAAAAAUUAAAACUUAAUUCCAUAAAAGUUCUUGCAAUUUUUAUCUUUAAUAACUUUCUGUAUUUUAAUAAAUAUUUCCCCGAGCUUCCUCAAAAGUUCAUUCACUCCCUCCAAAAAUAUCUGAAAUUUCAGAACCCACGAUGAAAAACAGAAAAACGAGCAAAGCGCUUCCGAAUUCAAAAAAUGGUUGAGAAUGGGAAUCUACAAAUUUGCUGAUAUUUGCCCGGAAAUCAAAGAGGUUUGAACAGUUUUUUUUUUGAUUUUUUGAUAAUUAAUUUCUUAUCGGUUUUUUCAGCAAGGAAAUGAUUGUUUGAUAUGUCUCCGUGAUAUUAGCAAAGAGUCAGAAAAACAAGUCACAAAAUGUGGGAAAUGUGAGAGAAAAUAUCAUGAUACGGUUAGUUAUUUGAAACUUUUUAGUUUAUUUAUAAUUACAACAAAGACAAAUAUAUGAAAAGAAGUCAGAAAACAGUUUUUUUUUAUUUUGAGAUUUCCACGUUCAAAAAAUAUUUGUUAAAUUUUCAUUGGAAAACUUUGAUCCUCUCUUUUUUAUUUAUCAAAAAGCGCAUCAAACUGUUUUAUUUACAGUGUAUUUCGGAAUGGUUAGAAAUCAGUUCGAAUUGUCCAACUUGCCGUGGACCAAUUUCAACCAAAUAA